AUGUGUAAUGGAUUCGAGGAUGGUACACAUUCGAGGGUGAAUUUCGAUCAGCUGGGAUUUUCUCUGGUAAGGGAGUUCCACAUUCUCUAUAGUGGAGAUCGAGUGGAGGGUUCUCUCAGCGUUCUGCCUCCUAACGCUAAGCCUGGGUCGUUCGGCAAAUUAAGCGUAGCUGCGAAUCAGAAAUGGAAUGCUUUUUUCGUCAAUGCUAUCAGAGCAUGGGUGUGUCAGAAGCGAUUCUCACACCGAGCGGUAUCAUCUAGCAAACGGAUCCUCGAAUGUCCCGGACAACGUCAAAAUAUGGCAAAACGGAGGUGGUGUCGAGCAAUUCCUUACUGCAGCCUGUACUGUUGCCAAGAGUUCACCCAAAACUUUGCAGCUGUGAUAGCAAGAAAAAAUGUGAAACAAUCAGGUAAUUGUGACACUGACAGUGAAAAUGAUGAUGAAGAGGUUUUUGCUUCUAAUUGUUCACAAUGCCUAACAAUCAUUGGUCUUGCCUCCCCUGCUUCUGUACCAUCAUUGUCAGAGACAUGUCCACUCGGAGUUCACAUAAGCAAGUCCAGUGAAGAUUCAAGUAGCACAACUGCACCUCAAACAGACGUCCACAUAGAUGCAAGUUUUACAGAAGACUCCAGCCCAUCAUCAGAAGAGUCAAAAGUAGCAAAAUGUGAUGCUGCACAGUAUAUGAGUAACAAUUUAGAAGAUAAUGAAGUUCAGAGUACAGAAGAUGAUGUACAAACUGAAGAUCCUCACAAACCUCAUGCAAGUGAAGAAAAAAUCAAUAAUAUAUUCAUAAAUACAGAUGCUGCAAGACAAUUUUUAAGCAGGCAAUUGUCUUGGGUGUCGGCUGGUGAGGAUUACCUUGUUGAAUAUACAGAGAAGCCAACAAGAAUAAUUAAGGAAAAUGUGUCCAAUCUCACAAACUUUGUUUACGAAGGUGUUAAAACUGUUGGUGAUAAAGUAGCAACAUUAUCAAGACACGUUAGUGGAAGCAGUGAUAAUAACGACACAAUGGAACUUCCUAAUCCAAAUUUUAAUGAGGAGCUAAGUUCUCUUCUAUACAGUUGUAACUCUAACAAGUUUGAAGACCUUCAAUUUUCAACGAGCACAAUCAGUAGUGAAAAAGAAUUUGAAGCAACAAGAAAAACUGAAAAUAUCAAAAACAUGUCAAAAUUAGGUAAAAAUAUAUUGGCAACUGAAUUAUGGACUUGGGGUGACAUAACUCAUGGGCAAUUGGGUAUAGGUGAUACAAUGAAAAGGGUGAAACCCAUGAUCGUGAUGAGCCUAUCAGGUUUUGGCUUACAAAAGGUGUCCUGUGGUAAAUGGCAUUGUGCGGCGUUAACUUUAGACGGGCGGCUAUUUUUAUGGGGUUACAAUCACUUUCAACAAGUUAGUUUAGAAUCUAGGGAAGAUAAGAGUGGACCUAAGCAGUUUACCGAAAAUUCUGAUAGUGAUCGCGUAAGAGACAUGAUAGCCACCGAUCACCACACACUUGCCUACACACAUAAUGAAAAUGUUUAUUACUUAGGUAAACAUACAGAUGGCUUCACAGAAAAUGUUGUCAAUUUAAAUGAAAAAUGUGAAGUUGCGGAUGAAAAAUCUAAAGAGACUACAGUUAAAUUGAGUGAAACUAAAAGUCAUGUGAAUAAAACUGAAAACAUGUGUUAUCAUUGGAGAGUGUUAUCUUCUGGGAAUAUAAGUUAUUGUUCUAUAGAAGAAUCGUCUAUUUGUCCGGAGUUUCAAAAUUUGUCAAUUGCUCAAAGGUACUUAGAAGAGAUGUUAUUGAUAUAUCAUUCUUUGGUUAAGCCUUUCCUUAAGAAAAGCAAAUCUAUUACAUUACAUUCCAACGUGUACGAAACUGUUUGUGAUAUAUUCGGUGACAUAUUAUAUAUAACGGCACUGAAUGUGCUAUCAACAUGGCAAUAUGCUGAGAAGCACAUAAGUGAAUGUGAUAUUUCUUUAAUAAAAAAUCUAGAAGAGUUUAUUUUUUUAUAUAAAAAGUAUUAUUUAGCUGUAAGCAAUUUGAUUGUUAUUGGUGGUUUCGCUCACAUAAAUAAUAUUGUGGAUGUGCCGUCAAGUAUUUAUAAUUUAUUUAGUGACCAGCUACCAACGAAUAAACAAAAAUAUAAUAAGAAGACAUUAGAAGUAGUUGUAGCGUUAGCCUUUGUUCAGCCAUUAACGAGAUUAAGCUCUUACAAAUGUAUUGCUCAAUCUUUGAUACGCCAUAAAUUGAAGAGAAAAAAACAUGAUUCUAAAACGAGUAUUGAGGAAAAAAUCAAUAAAGUGAUAUCUUCCUUCGACGGUUUAAUAGAAGAACAAGAAAAGAAACGAAAAGAAGCAGAAGGUACAAAGCUGUUCUGGGAAACCCUUGGAAAAAGUUUAGAUCAAUAUAGAACACCCGAAAGACGUCUCAUAAGAGAUUCAAAAAGCCGGCCCCUUAAUCUUGUUAAUCCUGGCAGGUUCAGCAGCCAUUGGUUCAUUUUGUUCAAUGAUUUGUUCGUUCACGUAAACGGGAGUACAGCAAACAUCCAUCCAUUAGAAACGCUAUGGAUUGAAGCUGUGCCAAACACAGAUUCAUUGCAAAACGUCAUACAGUUAACAACCCCAGAGGAGGUUAUAUGCGUUUCGACGAUAUCUGAACAAGAAAAAACAGAAUGGAUACAUAGCCUGAAUGCAUCCAUUCGAACGGUCUUAAAUAAAGAAUCUGCUUUCAAACCUCCGUCGAUAAGAACAGCUAGUUAUACAUUUUCUUCUAAGAAUAUUUUUUAUAAAGACGCUAAAUAUCACGGGAGAUGGCUUGACGGGAAAAUACAUGGCAAUGGAAAAAUCGAAUGGCCAGAUGGAAAAUUUUACGUGGGUCAAGUACAGUUGAACGCUUUAUGUGGACAUGGGAAAAUGGAAAUUCCUGGAGUUGGUUUAUACGAAGGUCAGUGGAAAGAUAAUCUUCAAAAUGGUUACGGUGUCCUGAAGUACACUACAGGUGAUAUGUAUGAAGGAUAUUUCAAAGAUGGUCUUCCUCAAGGACAUGGUAUCAAAAAACAAGGUGAUUUCACGUCAUCGACCGCAACUAUUUAUACUGGAGAAUGGGUGAAUGGUGUCAGGCAGGGCUACGGAGUUAUGGACGAUAUUGGUAAAGGGGAAAAGUAUCUCGGCAACUGGAGUGACAACAAGAAACACGGAUGCGGUCUAAUUGUUACGUUGGACGGAAUUUAUUACGAGGGUCUCUUUACAGCGGACGUGUUGACGGGUCACGGUGUAAUGGUAUUCGAGGAUGGUACACAUUACGAGGGUGAAUUUCGAUCAGCUGGGAUUUUCUCUGGUAAGGGAGUUCUCACAUUCUCUAGUGGAGAUCGAGUGGAGGGUUCUCUCAGCGGUGCUUGGACUGAAGGCGUUAAAAUAUCCAACGCUGUAAUGCAUUUAAACGUCUCCAAUCCAGUUCUGCCUCCUAACGCUAAGCCUGGGUCGUUCGGCAAAUUAAGCGUAGCUGCGAAUCAGAAAUGGAAUGCUUUAUUUCGUCAAUGCUAUCAGAGCAUGGGUGUGUCAGAAGCGAUUCUCACACCGAGCGGUAAUCAUCUAGCAAACGGAUCCUCGAAUGUCCCAGACAACGUCAAAAUAUGGCAAAACGUAGCCGUCGCUAUAUCCAGUUCUCACAAACAUUCGAAACCGGGAAAAAAGACGAGCGGAUCUGAUGUCGAGAAAUCGGUGGACUGCCUGGAAGUUAUACCAGUUUUCGGCCAGAAGACACUAACGUUAACCGACUUCACAGAACUUAAGCAGUAUUUAUACAAUGCCUGCGAGUCCAAUCAUCAUCCGCUGGGUCAAUUAGUACUGAGUGUAACAAAUGCCUUCAAUACCACGUAUGGCGGUGUGAGAGUUCAUCCGCUCUUACUAAGUCAUGCUGUCAAAGAGCUUAAAAGCAUCACGUCAAGACUGUACCAAGUGGUGACACUCCUUUUCCCCGCUUUACCAUACGAAGGAACUGUUGUGGUGUUGCCAGACACCUCCGAUGGAAGCCAUCACGAAAACAGUAAUCCAAUUGAUGGGGAGGUGGUGUCGAGCAAUUCCUUACUGCAGCCUGUACUGUUGCCAAGAGUUCACCCUGCCCUGUUCGUGUUAUACGCGUUACAUAACAAAAGAGAGGACGAUUUAUAUUGGCGAAGACUGCUCAAGUGGAACAGGCAGCCGGACACCACGCUGAUGGCUUUCCUUGGGAUAGAUCAAAAGUUCUGGACCGUCCAUCGUAACUCGCCGUCGCCAAUGCUCUCGCCGUCAAAGGAAGAAGUAUUUCAAGAGGCUGUUGAAACUCUCCAGCAAUUGAAGACCACAUUUUCUCCGAUAGAGAAACUCCUCGUGAUCCGAAGCACUUUCCAAAAGAUGACAACAGCGGUGCAACACGAAUUAGGGCAACAUUAUCUGUGGAAUAUGGACGAACUGUUCCCUGUAUUUCACUUCGUCGUUGUGAGAGCUCGUAUUCUUCAGCUUGGUUCAGAGAUACACUUCGUGGAGGACUUCCUGGAGCCCGGGACUCAGUGCGGUGAACUAGGACUCAUGUUUACUACACUAAAGGCAUGCUACUUCCAAAUUCUACAAGAGAAAAUGUCGAUCAACACCUAACUACGAUCUCACAAUGAACUAAACGUUUAGGAUACAUUAUACAAAUGUAGAUAUCGCCGUGUUCGUGUUAUCAAUUUAAUAUAUAUUUUAAGGAACAAAUUUCUAUGUUGAUACGUAGUUACUGUUAUUAACUUUAAAUAGUAUAAGGAACAAUAAGCCAGAGCAAUAUGAUCAAGUGACAUUAGCGUUUAUAUUACUAUAUUACACAGUCGUUUUGGGAAGUUAGUUUUUGCUUUCUUUUAUCAAUAGAUUUUUAUAAAACUUUUUAGAUACAUUUUCAUUCCACUACAGAUGAGCCUACAAAGGCCCAUUGGUUACUGUAUGUGUGAGCGUCUGUAUUUUCUGGAAAAAUAUUACGGGUUUAUAUCGUCCAAUAAAUACGGAGAAGUAUGCUGAAAGCCAACUUUGUAUCGUGACACUAAUAUGGAGUGUAAACAGUUUUUCAUUUUUAAAUCUUCGCUUCAUGCUACAUCUAUCAUACCGCGUGAUAUUCCUAUUUCUAAUCGUGACGUCGUCGUCCGGAUCGAUGAGAACAUGUUAAAGAGUGCUUCUGCCAUCAAAACAUUAGAAUGAGUAGUGGAUCUUUCGAGGUACCGAAUUGAGGGUACUUUUAAAUGUUGCGAAAUUAUGGGCAGGUCAAAGUCUCUGUGGAGAUCAACGUUACGCAUAUUAUCGUGAUCUUGAAGCGGUUCUGGAGUGUCUCGACGAGUUUCGGAUUGCGAAGAGAUACAGCCAGAUAACGUAUGACAUUCUGGGUCUUAUGCUGGGUUUGUAUCACGUCAGCUCGUUUUUAAGUGACAUCUUACUCCGCUUGCAUAGAAGAGAAUAGACAAAACCGCGAAAAUAAAGUGUCGGUUUCUGAGUUUCUUUUUAGUGUUGCGAGGAUGACAUUUCCUUUUCUAGUGUCACACCUAGGUGAUUGGUUUCAUUAUGCUAAGGGAUAGGAGUACCCAAUAUUUAGAUCUCCCAGGGGACAUCCAUCAUCGACCUCGUUUAAAGAACACUGCCGUGCUCUUCUCAGGGUUUAGGUCAAUACUCCAUUUCCAAAAUGAGACGCUUAGGGCGGAGGCCGCGGCUUGGAGUCGGCCGUGCAUGGACAGCGGAUCCCAGUGGAUGUUAUAGAUUGCGAUGUCCGCGUUUAGUGCUAGCUUUGUGGGGCUGGGAAGCCAAGGGAUGUAGAUAAUGAUUAUGGAGUAUAGCGGGGGAGAGGCCGUACCCCUGAGGGACUCUGGUUCUUAUGGGUCGAGACGAGAAACCCCUCCAUUGUGUAGUGUAGGUAACAAUUCGACGUAUAGUCUCGUAUAGUACGAGUCUGACUCUUUGAUUUGGUACAACUCUUAUACAUAUCUAUGGUGCCAUAUCCUCUGGGCCCGUCGAAUGUAUCGCCAAUUCGAAAAAAAAGGCCCCGGUCCUAUUCCUAUACUUCGCAAACAGUGUGACGAUGCAAAGUUGUAGUAAGCAGUGUUUACAAUUUUGUCAUUAAUAUAUAAAACUGUAUUUUGUUUGACGUUACAAACUCGGUGUAAGGUUUCUGGACUAAUAUCAAGUUCCGAUAAGACUCAUCCUUGUGUCCAUUUAAAAAAUUACGACGAUGCGUUUACUACUACCUUGUAAUAUUUUUCUUAAAAACAAAUAAUCGUGUGGACAUUUUGAAAGGUCACGCAAAUAUUUAUAUUAGGUAACAGUAACAGAAAACGGAACUAAAAAAGCCGUAAAUGCUAUAAUAAAACAAUUUCGAUGGCCCUAUACUUUAAGUUUUUUUUCUUGUAAAGCUUUUAUCCAAUAGUAGUACGCAGCCAAGUCUCUUUUAUUUUUAACUUUCAUUCACAUUUUGCUCACCUACCCGUUAGUCGGUUACAUUUGGUACGAGCCGAACUCCUUGUAUUAUAUUAUUCUAAAUGCUUUAUAGAAUUCACCGUAUUAAAAAUUGUUAGUAUUUAUAUUAUUUAAGGUUUUGUUGUUCGAUGCAAAAUUGUGCCAAAGAGAAAGUUGUGUUAAUGAUUGUUCAGCGAGCGAAGCUUUUGUUUAUUCCCUAGUUAGCAAUUUUUAUUACAUAAAAAUAUAAUUUAUUUGCAUAGCUUUAAUUAUCAUUAAGUUUUAUAUCAUGCUUGCAUAUUAAUUAAAUAGUAUAAAAAAUAAUAUUAUAAUGUGCAUAAAUGUCGCUUUAAAUUCAUGAUAGUAUAAUAAUUUUAUUAUAUAACCUUAUAACACCACACUAGAAUAUUCAUAAAACCCAAAGUACAAGUACAAAUGUUUAAAACAAAAUAAAAAUUAUUGUUUAUAUAAACUAUUAUGUUAUUUUAUUUUUAUAUUGAACCAUAUGAAUAACUAUAUAAAUGUUAAGUACACAACAUAUCAUUAUCAGGGAGCGAAAAGUAUGGGGGUUCCAUGAAUUAUCAUAAAGCAUAGUGUAUUGUAAUCUGUAACAUGUAAAUUUAUUAUAUAUAUAUAUAUAUUAAAUUGGAAUAAAACAUUGAUUUAUAUAAAAGUUUUUUGUUUUUAAAUUAUCUAUCAAAAUAAAGGAAUAAAAAUGACACAGUU